AUGCUGCUCACAUUUGACAGCUCUGAUAGCUCGGUGUUUGGCCAGCGUUUGGAUGAGACCGUGGCCUAUGAGCAGAAAUUUGGCCCCCACCUGGUGCCCAUCCUCGUGGAGAAGUGUGCUGAGUUCAUCCUCGAACAUGGCCUGAAUGAAGAGGGCAUCUUCCGGCUGCCUGGGCAGGACAACCUGGUGAAGCAGCUCAGAGAUGCUUUUGACGCAGGGGAGAGGCCCUCCUUUGACAGAGAUACAGAUGUGCACACGGUGGCCUCCCUAUUAAAGCUCUACCUCCGAGACCUCCCAGAGCCUGUGGUUCCCUGGAGCCAGUAUGAGGGAUUCCUGCUCUGUGGGCAACUCAUGAAUGCAGAUGAGGCAAAGGCUCAGCAGGAGUUGAUGAAGCAGCUCUCCACCCUUCCUCGAGACAACUACAGCCUCUUGAGCUACAUCUGCAGGUUCCUACAUGAAAUCCAGCUGAACUGUGCUGUGAACAAGAUGAGCGUGGAUAACCUGGCUACUGUGAUUGGUGUGAAUCUUAUCAGGUCAAAGGUAGAAGACCCUGCUGUGAUUAUGAGGGGGACUCCUCAAAUCCAAAGAGUGAUGACCAUGAUGAUCAGAGACCAUGAGGUCCUCUUCCCCAAGUCCAAGGAUGUACCCCUGUCACCCCCGGCUCCCAAAAAUGACCCCAAGAAACCUCCAGUGGCUCGAAGCUCUGUGGGCUGGGAUGCCUCUGAGGACGUCCCAAUUUCUAGGACAGACAGCUUCAGUAACACGGCCAGCGACUCAGAAGCAACCAGCCCCACUGAACAACAGCCAAGUGACAUGUUUCCGGAACACAGCAGCAAAACUCCCAGGGAAAAGCCAGGAGAUUGGAAGCUGCAAUCACGAAAAAGGACUCAGACCCUCCCUAAUCGAAAAUGUUUCUUAACAGCAGCUUUUCAAGGUGCCAACAGCAGCAAAGUGGAGAUCUUUAAAAAUGAGUUCUGGUCCUCGUCUUCAGAGGCGAAGGCCGGGGAGGGGCAUAGGAGAACACUGUCUCAAGGUGUGCAGAACUUUUCUGAUGCCCAGAGGACUUCCACCUACGAUAACAUCCCUACCCUGCCAGGGUCCCCUGAGAAUGAAGCAGGUGCACUCGCUUCCCAUGCCUGCGACUCCAAGAGAGAUAGUCUUUCGAGCCCAAACUCUGAAACCGGGCCUGGGACAAAGAACUCUGGAGAAGAGGGACUGGAGUCUUUGCAAAAGACGGUCCAGGAGCUGCAAAAGGAAAUAGAAACACAGAAACAAGACUAUGAGGAACAGAUUAAAAGCCUUGAGAAGGAAAAUUAUGACGUCUGGGCUAAGGUGGUGAGGCUCAAUGAAGAACUGGAGAAGGAAAAGAAGAAGUCUGCAGCCUUGGAAAUCAGCCUCCGCAACAUGGAGCGCUCCCGGGAGGAUGUUGAGAGGAGGAACAAAACCUUGGAAGAAGAAGUCAAGGAAUUUGUCAAAUCGAUGAAGGAGCCCAAGGCUGAUGCAUGAGAAUCCCAGGAGUACAGGGGAAGCAGCCCACAGAGGCCCAACACUGCUCCCUUUUUCCUUGCUAUGUGACAGCUGGGAAGCAAAAUUACUCCCUAAGAAGAGAGGACAUUUGGGAGGAAAACAUCACAUUUCCCAGUAAAUAAAUCAGUGGAAUUUGCAGGAAGAUAAGGGUGAGCAGGGACAAAGGUGGACAUCCGUUACCGCCGGAGGCUGUGUUCAAAAGGAUUGUAUUAUUCCACUGUCGUCUCAGGCUGAGUGACUUGGAACUUUCUCUGGCUGGAUGGCUAUGUCCGAUGGAGACAUUUGAGCCAGGUCACAUCUCAGGACCCAGGGAACAGGCUGUCCCCAAUUGAAGCUGGACUGAGGCUUAGUUCUUUGUUGUCUAGGUGUGGAACAACUCACCUAGUCACAUGGCCACGGGGCAUCUCUGAGACAGAAAGGCUGAAAUUGACCUUCAGCUUCUGAGUGCUCACCAUGGUUUUGAGGGGCUGCCCUUACUAAAGCCAGAGCCCCAUUCUAACACUUCCCAAUGAUGCUCCAUCUCCAGGAGCUGGAAGCUCAAAAUUAUUAGUAGACUAAGAGAAAAUGAGCAAUAAACUGUAUUUAUGAAAGCAACAUACAUGAGAAAAUUAUAUUCAAAUAAAGUAACACAAUAAAUAAA